UAUUUCACGUCAUCGAAAUUAAGCUAGCUGAUCAUUCAUCAGUAUUAAUCUUGCACUUUCUGUAGAAAAAAACUAAUACCAGCAAACAUCUGAUCAGCUUCGGUUUGAAGUUAUCUCUUCCAUGGCUCACAAAGUUGUUACAUCAAAUUACCAAAACAAAGCAAUUUGCUUACUGGGUCUCCUCGUUCUCACACCGUCUAUGAUGCAGACAAGUGAUGCAACUCAAUUUCCAGUGGGAGGAACAGGCAUUUGGAGUCCCAAAUCAACCAACUACACUCAUUGGGCUGAAGAGAAUAUAUUCACGGUUGAAGACUCCAUAGCUUUUAACUACAUUGCUGGCCAAGACUCGGUGCUUCUAGUAAACAAGGGCGACUACACCAACUGCAGCACUGGCUCACCUAUUGGGAAAUUCACCAAGCCAGUCACAGUGAUCAAGUUCAAUAAUCUUGGACCUUACUAUUUCAUCAGUGGGAAAAAAGAUCAUUGUCUCAAAAAUCAGAAGUUUAAAGUCGUUGUCACGGCAUAUACCAAUCAAACACUACCACCACCUCCUCCAAACGGUUCUUCUGCUGUCUUUGUGAGUUUUAUCAAAUACAUGGGAGCCUUUGCUGCUUCAUCACUUCUUUUGGCAUUCUAAUUUGAUUGCUUCAAUAAGUUUGGACUUCUUCAUUUGGACAGUUUUUACUUCCUUUCUUUUUUUCCCCCUUUUUUCUUCUAUUUUUGGGGUAUUGUCCCAUAUAUCAUCUAAUUAAUUAUCUUGGA